UUUUUUUUUUCUUUUCUUUCUUUCUGUUUUUUUCUUUACUUUUUAUUAUUUUACCUUUCCCCCUUUUUUUUUACAUAUAAAUAAAUAAAGAAAGAAUGGGAGCUUUAUGUUGUAAACUAGAUGAAAUAGAUGCUUCUCAAGGUCCUGAACUUGAACAUUUUCAUUUAUUAAAAAUGAUUGGACAAGGAACGUUUGGCAAAGUGAGAAUAGUUCAACAUAAACAAACUAAAAAGAAAUACGCUUUAAAAUACAUGGAUAAAUCAAAAUGUAUUCAACAAAGAGCUGUUCAUAAUAUUCUAUUUGAACGUGAUUUAUUAGAAUGUAUAGAGUAUCCAUUCAUAACGAAUAUGAGAUACACAUUCCAAGAUGAUGAAACACUUUUUAUGGCUCUAGACCUUAUGUUAGGUGGUGAUUUACGUCAGGGAUUAAAUAAACAACAUUUAUUUAAUGAGCUUCAGGUGAGACAUCAUGUAGCUACUAUCGCUUUGUCUUUACAUUAUCUUCAUAAGCAACAUAUUGUGCACAGAGAUGUGAAACCCGAUAAUAUUCUUUUAGAUAAAAGAGGGUAUGCUCAUCUAAGUGAUUUUAAUAUCGCUGUACAACUUACACCCACUCAACCUUUUUCGUGGUCUAUCGCAGGUACAACGGCUUAUAUGGCUCCCGAAAUAUUAGCCCGAAAAGGUUACUCGACCUGUGUAGAUUGGUGGAGUUUAGGCAUUGUCACUUAUGAACUUUUAUUUGGCACGCGUCCAUUCACGGCACAAUCAAAAGAAGCUUUAUCUCAUGCUAUAAUACAUGAUCCUCUUGUAUUUCCUGAUAAUGUAUAUGAAACUGUAUCAAGAGAAUGUAUUGAUGUCAUUACUGGUUUGCUGGACAAAUCACCUUUUCAACGUUUAGGUUGUAAUACAAAUGGAUUUGAGAAAUUUAAAAGACAUCCCUGGUUUCAUGGUCUAGAUUGGGAUUUAUUAGAACGUAAACAACUACAUCCAAACAUAGACAAUAAACAUCUAUUGUCACGUCAACAACAAACUUCAAGAAUCCAAGAAGAUAAUUUAAUAUCCCAUAAACGCACGAUAAAAAGAACAAGUAGUUUAUUAGAUACAGGAAGUCCUGUUACAAAAGAAGCAAAAUAUCGAAUACAAUUGGAAGAUGAAUUUUUAAAUUUUGAUUAUUCUCAACAUCAAAUGAUUGAAUCCAGUUUUCUAGAAAAGAAAAGAAACUCACUAAGAAAGCAAUAUGAUCGACUAAAGCGUCUAUCUCAAGAAAUACCCAUUCUAUAUCCACCUUAUUCUGAUUAAAAAAGACAUAUAUUUAUUUUGUACAUAUAACUCAUUAAAAAAAAAACUUACUCUGUUGUAUCCUAUUUUAAGGAAGAAACAAGUGAUCAUUACACUGUA